UUCCGGUGACGGCGACGAAGAGAAUUUCAUAUCCCUCCACCUCGCCGCCUCCCUUCUUCGGAUUUGGUCUGGUUUGGUUGGAGGUUAGCUCGCCUCUGAUUGGGUUGGUUGGGUGGUCGGCUUCGGUCUCGAACCGCGGCGACUUCUCCUCUUUGGGUUUGGGUUUCGAGGGGGCCAAUGGAGGAGAGGUACGAGGCGUUGAAGGAGCUCGGGGCCGGCAACUUCGGGGUGGCCAGGCUGGUCAGGGACAAGAGGAGCAAGGAGCUCGUCGCCGUCAAGUACAUCGAGAGGGGCAAGAAGAUUGAUGAAAAUGUGCAGAGGGAGAUCAUCAAUCAUAGGUCGCUCCGGCAUCCCAAUAUCAUUCGGUUUAAGGAGGUUUGUUUGACACCCACACACCUAGCCAUUGUCAUGGAGUAUGCUGCUGGUGGAGAACUCUUUGAACAAAUCUGCACCGCAGGGCGAUUCAGCGAAGACGAGGCAAGGUACUUCUUCCAGCAGCUAAUAUCAGGUGUCAGCUACUGUCAUUCUCUGGAAAUUUGCCACCGUGAUCUUAAACUUGAGAACACCCUCCUGGAUGGAAGCCCAACACCUCGUGUGAAGAUUUGUGACUUUGGUUACUCAAAGUCUGCUUUGCUGCAUUCGAAGCCGAAGUCUACAGUUGGUACUCCAGCAUACAUAGCGCCAGAAGUUCUUUCAAGAAAAGAAUAUGAUGGCAAGGUAGCAGACGUUUGGUCCUGUGGUGUGACACUGUACGUGAUGCUUGUCGGUUCAUACCCGUUUGAAGAUCCAGGUGAUCCGAGGAAUUUCCGCAAAACGAUCAGCAGAAUUCUUGGCGUGCAAUACUCCAUCCCGGACUACGUGAGGGUGUCUUCCGACUGCAGGCGCCUUCUAUCUCAAAUAUUUGUUGCCGAUCCUUCAAAGAGGAUCACGAUCCCUGAGAUAAAGAAGCACACGUGGUUUCUGAAGAAUCUGCCAAAGGAGAUAUCGGAGAGGGAGAAGGCCGACUACAAGGACACGGACGCCGCCCCUCCGACGCAGGCCGUCGAGGAGAUCAUGCGGAUCAUCCAGGAGGCCAAGGUCCCCGGCGACAUGGCCGCCGCCGACCCGGCGCUGCUCGCGGAGCUCGCCGAGCUGAAGAGCGACGACGAAGAGGAGGCCGCCGAUGAGUAUGACACCUACUGACCAUCCAUGAUCCAUAUGCAUCCAUGGUCGUUGUGCUGCAGCUGUAAAUAUGAUCCGGAAUAUACGUGAUCGCCAGACCAAAUGAUAUGCGUAUUCUGAUGCAUUUUCUGCCGUGUAUACUCUGCACCGGAUUUUCCUGCAGCGUAAAUAAUAAAGAAAAAAAAUAAUUAUUUGUUUGCAGUUUCGUGUGAUCAUUUGGCAAGGACUAUUCAGUUUGCAUGGUCAUUUUCCCAGUUUAUUCAUUGAAUUAUGUAAUUGGAUUAUUUGUGCUACACUUCCUUGUCUUUGGAUUAUUUAAACAUAUUAUUUGCGCUUCUCAAAA